AUGCCCCAACUGUUCUCUCUCACGCACUUGAUAAUUGCGGCACUUUUACUAGUGUAUUCCAACUAUUCUGGUGCACUGUACAGUUCUAUCGGGUUUGCUAUUAUAGGAUACUCAGCCACAAAUGCUUUAAUUCCACGGGUAACUCAAAGUUUCAUUCAGGUCGGGCUCUGUGGUAAGGAUUUGGGUAAGAAGGGACAACCCUUGCUUCCUGAGACGAUUGGAGCAGUUGCUGCCACCGUAUACUUAUUUGGUAUGAUUCUGUCUAUACCAUUCUUAUUUUACAAGUACUUGGUUGUGACAUCCGGAGGCGGCCGUAGAGAUAUGGAAGUGCUGGAUAAAUCAGCUGAGCUUCUUGUAUUUCCUCACGGGAAGUUGAGCGAAUAUUUGAGCGCAAUUUUAUGUCUCCAAUCUACAGUUCUGUUAGGAGCUGUAGAUGAUCUCUUCGACCUCCGCUGGCGACACAAGGUUAUUUUCCCUGUGAUAUCGGUAAUACCUUUGUUAGUUGUUUACUAUGCUGAUUUUGGUGUAACCUACGUAUUGAUACCCAAGCUGGUACGCCAAUUAUUCCCAUUUUUGAACCUACGCAAAACAAUUAACCUUGGCUGGGCUUAUUAUGCCUAUAUGGCCUCAAUGUCUAUAUUUUGCUCUAAUUCGAUCAAUAUUCUAGCAGGAAUUAACGGGCUUGAGGUUCUGCAGUCCAUUGUCCUAGGGAUUGUAUGCCUGUGCAAUGACACUAUCUACAUGAUAUGGGGUUCCGAGGAGGCCAAGGAAUCACACUUAUUCUCGAUGGUAAUGAUUAUUCCUUUUAUUGGUGUUUCUGCAGCCAUUUUCAGGUGGAAUAAAUGGCCUGCUAGAGUGUUUGUCGGAGAUACCUAUUGCUAUUUCGCUGGUAUGGUCUUUGCUGUGGUCGGAAUAUUGGGUCAUUUCGCGAAGACAAUGAUGAUGUUCUUCGCCCCACAACUGUUCAAUUUUAUCUAUAGCAUUCCGCAGUUGUUUGGUUUAGUGACAUGCCCAAGACAUAGAUUACCACGCUUUAACCCCGAGGACGGGUUAAUGUACCCAUCGAAAGCAGAUUUGAAGGCCAACCCACCUUAUAAGAUAGUAACCAAAGCAUUAAAAGUCCUGCAUUCUCUACACUUGGUCGAGUUGACAUUUGAUAAGGAUGGAGAAGUCACGGAAUGUAAUAACUUGACUUUAAUAAACCUCGUGCUUGUUUGGGCCGGUCCAAUGAGAGAGGAUCGCCUAUGCUACACCCUCUGUGCAAUCCAGCUUGUGGUAGAUUUAAUGCUCCUCUGCCUGAGACAUGUCAUAGGCUCACUUGUAUAUGGUCAGGAUAACUUAUGGCAUAUUGCAUAG